CGUCUCUGCCGCCGAUCACAGGAUCCGGCGGCAGAUCUUUUUCGUUCCAGCGGGCCGUUAGCUGUUUAGCUGUCGGCACGGCGAUGGGGGAAGCCGAAGACAGACUGUUUCCUGAAACCUUAAAGGUGCAGGGCGCUGAGGAGAGGGCCUUGAACCAGAAAUACAAACGUGUUCUGGCCGAUGAAUUGAAAUCGUUUCCAAAGGUUUUACAAAAGAUGAGAGGCUGUGAGCGCUGGGCAUAUCUCGGAGAGGAAGAGAUUGAGGGAUGCAAACCUUACCUGUGGCAGCAGAACGGAGAAUGGAAACUGUCUGUGAUGGGUGAAACGAGUUCUCUCUACGUUUGUCCCGACGUGUCGAUCCGCUUUGGCCGGUGGAGCAGACACGGUCUCCAAGACUGGAUGAGAUAUGAUACUGGCGAGCUGUUCCCUGACCUCAAACUGAUCUAUGGAGGUGACGGGAUCAACACCGACGGUGCCGAUGAUGAAUUGGACUACGGCGCAGGUGGCCCGGAGAUUGCGAUCUAUCCGGGUGGCAGUUUGCUGAGUCCCUCAGAUAUGGAAGAAUUGUAUGACAAAGGUUAUACGGUGCUGGCACCCACGGGGGCGUUUGGCGAGGCCGUCCGCAACGCCUUUCGACUGUCGCAGAUGUUGGUCGCGGGCAUGGCCAACAUGCUGUUGGGCCACCAAAACAGCUGGGUGGAACCAUACCUGGAUAGCAGCUCACUAGGAUGCGGCAACGUGCGCAUCAAGCUGGCCAAGGCUGAACCCUUCCAGGAGAUCUUGUCCAUGCUGCUCCCUUUAGUGAAGCAAUUGCUGCAGGAAGAUGUGGAGAUACCCAACUGCGUCCAACUUGCAAUCCUACCACCAGACGGCGACCCAGCUGAGAAGGACUAUCUUGGUCGAGCUGAUAGUCGUGGCAAGUUCUCGUACCACGUGGACGGUAGAGGAAACUUGCAGAACAACAUUGGCGUCCUGCUGGGAAUCGCUUUGUCUGCUCCACCCGCAGACACUAAGUGUUGGGGUGCCUUCACCUGUCACCCUGCCUCUCAUCGAAAUAAGGAGCUUCACAACCAGUACACAGCUCAAUAUCUAGGCGUGAUUCCCAAACUGGAUCUCGGCGAAAGCGUCCCGGUGUUGUUGCAGCAGGGAGAAAUCAUGGUGGCACAUCCGUUGCUCGCUCACCGACGCUCGCAGAAUUGGAGUGGGAACACGAGAUACAAUCUGUACUUCAGGCUGAGACCCAAGUCGGCUGCCCAAAAUCCGGGCUGGCAAGACCGUGUGCUUGACGACCCCUUUAGUAUUUGGCCGGGCUUAACCUGGUCCAAACAAUCGCAGCGUGGGGAAGCCGGGAAGCGUGCCUCGGGCGGCCGUGGUCAGCCUAAGAGGAAGCUUCGCAGGCGAAAUGGUGCGCUUCGCUGA